AUGUUAAGAAAUCAGAUGAAUCAGGAUAUUAUAGACCCAAGAAACAUACCGGAUGUUGAGUGUUUAACCUUAGACUUGGAAAAGAGAUUGCCACUACCGCGGAUACCAACAAAUGUUGCCUUUUAUAAAAGGCAACUGUGGCUUUACAAUAGUGGUAUCCACUCUGCAUCUGAUGACGUAGGACACUGCUAUGUUUGGGUCGAAGGUGAACCGGGUAGAGGGGCGCAGGAGGCAACCGACCAAAUCACCCUUCCGGUUAGGUUUAAUAAAUUCAUAAAUAAAAACAAUCCGUUAGUAGAAAAAACUUCUGUUCUGGAUAGCUUUAAUAUACCAAGUAGUCCUUACGAAAGAAAGGAAACAACAUAUGCAAAUUCGGAAGUAGGUUGUGAUAAGACUUCGCUUUCAGAAUUUUUAAAGACAAAAUAUGACGGCAAAUCUUGCGUACGCGCUUUUAUUAUACGUUUAGAGGAGCUCAAGUUAGCACGAAAUAUUCCGGAUGAGCGAAUGUUACGUUUAGCGCCAGAAAUUUUCACCGGGGAAGCUUUGCAUGGGCUUAGAAGCGUAAGAGAUAGAAUAGGUUCGUGGCAUGAACUGCUAUCUUUGCUAAGGACGGACUUCGACACUUUUGACUUUGAUUACAAAAUGAUGAACCAGAUCCGUUCGCGGAGCCAGGGCGAAGAGGAAAGCAUAACUAUUUAUCUAGCGAUUAUACACGGUAUGUUUUCACGACUCUUCACGACUGCACGGUCAGAGGCGGAUAAAUUAGAAAUAAUUCUUCUCAAUAUUAGGCCGUGUUACGCGGGAGUUUUGGCUACAAAUCCGAAUAAUGCCAGCAUUUCUGAAUUACGAGAAGUUUGCAGGAACUAUGAAAGAAUUAACGCUCGAUAUUCCGAUUCCUUCGUGUAA